GCGUUUUUAUUAUUUUCGUCGGGGUGGAAUGGACAAAAUGUCGGUCAAAUUGGCCGUCAGUUAGCUAGCUCGCUCGUUAGCUUAGCCAUUGCCGCUCUUUGAACUUGACGCGUGACGUCACAAAGAGCACCCCAGUCUUCGCCGUGUGAUUGGCGGAUUGAGUUAUUUUGGGCGGUCCUAAUAAUGGGAAGGACAUAAAUACCAAGUGACCAAGAAAAGCCCAUUCCGAGUGACAUGAUGGAUGAUCGAGAGUGGGAAACCAUUUUAGAAGUGGUGAGCGCGGACUCGGGCAAGAUGCUCAACCAACGAGAGCAGGUCAGCGGUGCACCGUCGGUGGUGAGCAUCAGCCUCCUACCUGUUGGAGUGAUAUUAAGACCGAACUUUUUCGAGCUGGUGCCGGGCCCAGUUCGCCAUCCUCCUCGGCCAUCGCCAGCGAAUUCAGACACAAAGAGGAGGAAAUGCGGGGACACCGCGUCUUAUAUCAAAAAGCCGCCAAAUGCAUUCAUGAUUUUCAUGAAGGAGCAGCGGCCUUUCGUGAAGGCCGCUGCGCCACGGCAAGACAGCGCCGCUGUCAACAAGGUCCUGGGGCAAAUGUGGAAGUCGCUGACGCCGGCUGAGCAGCUCAGUUACUUCCAAGAAUCUGAGCGGCUCAGCCGGAUCCACGCCACCAGGUACCCGGACUGGACCUACAGAGACAACUACGGCAAAAAGCAAAAGAGAAAGUGGGGCAGUGCAGCCACCAGCGUAAAUCAUCUGACCGCGCCUGCGCCACAGCUCGCCGUACCGGCCCCGGUGCCCUCAACGGGGUCCGACGAGGACCUCGUGUCCACUAUUUUGUUGGGGGACACAGACUUUGGGGGCUCCGCACUGAGCCUGGAUGUGGGGCCCGAGGUGGACCUGACGGCGGCCUUGUACAGGCAGCUUGAGGCGCUGGAGGCGGAGGAAGCGGAGCAGACACUUUAAAUAUGUUGCAAAUGUUUUAAUAAAUCUAUAUACAUGUUCUA